UGCAGCAGAAACAUUUACAACAACAGAGACUUCCACAAUCACUACUCCUGCUGAAACAUCCAUCACUAGUGGAGCAGAAAAAGCUACUACCAAAGAGAUUUCUACAGUCAUGAAUCCUGCUGAAACCUCCACUACUAGUGCAGCAGAAACUUCUACAACAACAGGGACUUCCAGAAUCCCAACAAUUCCUGUUGAAACAUACACCACUAGUACCACAGACACAUAUUUAACAACAGAGACUUCCACAAACCCAACAGUACCUGCUGAAACAUCCACCAAUAGUGCAGCAGAAACAUCUUUAACGACAGAGUCUUCCACAAUCCCAACAAUUCCUGCUGAAACAUCCACCACUAGUGCUGCAGUAACGUCUUCAACAGAGACUUCCACAAUCACAACAAUUCCUGCUGAAACCUUUACUAUCAGUGUAACAGAAACAUCUACAACAACAGAGACUUCCACAAUCAAGACUCCUGCUGAAACAUCCACCACUAGUGCAACAGAAACAUCUACAACAACAGAGACUUCCACAAUAAUGACAAUUGCUGAAACAUUAACCACUAGUGCAUCAGAAACAUCUACAACAACAGAGACUUCCACAGUCACUACUUCUGCUGAAAUAUCUACUAUCAGUGAAACAGAAACAUCUACAACAAAAGAGUCUUCAACAAUAAUGAUUCCUGCUGGAAACACCCACCACUACAGAAACAUCUACUCAACAGAGACUUUCACAAUCACGACUCCUGCUGAAACAUCCACCACUAGUGUAGCAGAAAUAUCUUCAACAACAGAGACUUCCACAAUCACAACAACGGUGGCUGAAACAUCGACUAUAAGUGUAGCAGAAAAAUCUUCGACAACAGAGGCUUCCACAAUCACAACAAUUCCCACUGAAACAUCCAUCACUAGGGCAACAGAAACAUCUUCAACAUCAGAGACUUCCACAAUCACAACAAUUCCUGCUGAAACAUCCACUAUUAGUGCAGCAGAAACAUCUACAACAACAGACACAUCCACAAUCACAGCAACUCCUGCUAAAACAUCCACCGCUAGUGCAACAGAAACAUCAUCAAUAACAAAGACUUCCACAAUCACUAUUACUGCUGAAAAAUCCGCCACUAGUGAACCAGAAACAUCUACAACAACAGAGACUUCCACAAUAACAACUCCUGCUGAAACAUCCACCAAGUGUAGCAGAAAUAUCUUCAACAACAGAGACUUCCACAAUCACAACUCCAUUCCUGCUGAAACAUUCAGCACUAGUGCAGCAGAAACAUCUACAAAAACAGAGACUUCCACAAUCACGACUCCUGCUGAAACAUCUACUAUCAAUGUAGCAGAAACAUCUACAAGAACAGUGACUUCCACAAUAAUGACUCCUGCUGAAACAUCCACUACUACUGCAGCAGAAACAUCUACAAGAACAGUGACUUCCACAAUAACGACUCCUGCUGAAACUUCCACUACUACUGCAGCAGAGAAUUCUAAAACCACAGAGACUUCAACAAUAACGAAACCUGCUGAAGCAUCCACCAUUAGUGAAUUUAAAAAAUCUACAACAACAGAGACUUCCACAAUCACAACAUUUCCUGCUGGAACAUCCACCACUAGUGUACCAGAAAUGACUACAACAACAGAGACUUCCACAAUCACAACAAUUCCUGCUGAAACCUCUACUAUCAUUGUAGCAGAAACAUAUACAACAAUAGAGACUUCCACAGUCACAACAAUUCCAGCUGAAACAUCCACUAUCAGUUUAGCAGAAACAUCUACAACAACAGAGACUUCAACAAUCACAACUACACCUGGAAAAUCUACCACUAGUGAAGCAGAAACAUCUAAUACAGAAAAGACUUCCACAAUCAAGAGUCUUGCUGAAACAUCCACCAUUAGUGUAGCAGAAAUAUCUUCAACAGCAGAGACUUCCACACUCACAACAACUGCGGUUGAAACAUCCACAAUUAGUGCAGCAGAAAUAUCUACAAGAACAGAUACUUCCACAAUUACAACAAUUCCUGCUGAAACACCCACCACUAGUGACACAGAAACGUCUUCAACAACAGAAACAUUAACAAUCACAACUACACCUGAAAUAUCCACCACUAGUGAGGCAGAAACAUCUAUUACAAAAGAGACUUCCACAAUCACGAGUCCUGCUGAAACAUCCACCAUUAGUGUUGCAGAAAUAUCUUCAACAACAGAGACAUCCACACUCACAACAUCUGCGGUUGAAACAUCCACAAUUAGUGCAGCAGAAACAUCUACAAGAACAGAUACUUCCACAAUCACAACAAUUCCUGCUGAAACCUCUACUAUCAGUGUAUCAGAAACAUCUACAACAACAGAGAGUUCCACAAUCACAACAAUUCCAGCUGAAAAAUCCACUAUCAGUUUAGCAGAAACAUCUAAAACAACAGAGACUUCCACAAUUACGAGUCCUGCUGAAAUAUCCACCAUUAGUGUAGCAGAAAUAUCUUCAACAACAGAGACUUCCACACUCACAACAAUUCCAGCUGGAACAUCCACUAUCAGUGCAGCAGAAAUAUCUACAACAGAGGCUUCAACAAUCACAAUAAUUCCAGCUGAAACAUCCACUACUAGUGCAGCAGAAACAUCUUCAACAACAGAGACUUCCACAAAAAUGACACCUGCUGAAACAUCCACCACUAGUGCAGCAGAAACAUCUAAAACAACAGAGACUUCCAAAAUCACUACUCCUGCUGAAACAUCAACCACUAAUGAAGCAGAAACAACUACUUCAAAAAAGUUUCAUUAUAAAGUAACGAUACUUCAUGAAUCAUCCACUAGUGGUGUAGUAGAAUCUUCUACAACAGAGGAUUCUUCAAUAAUAACAGUUGUUGAUGAUGAAUCAUCCACUAAACUCACAAUAAUUCCUGCUGAAACCGCUACUAUCAGUGUAGCAGAAACAUCUACAACAACAGAGAGUUCCACAAUCACAACAAUUCCAGCUGAAACAUCUACUAUCAGUGCACCAGAAAUAUCUAUAACAACAGAGACUUCAACAAUCACAAUAAUUCCAGCUGAAACAUCCACUACUAGUGCAGCAGAAACAUCUUCAACAACAGAGACUUCCACAAAAAUUACACCUGCUGAAACAUCCACCACUAGUGCAGCAGAAACAUCUACAACAACAGAGACUUCCACAAUCACUACUCCUGCUGAAACAUCAACCACUACUGAAGCAGAAACAUCUACUUCAAAAGAAACUUCCACAGUCCCAACAGAUCCUACUGAAUCAUCGACCACUAAUGCAGCAGAAACAUCCACAACAACAGAGACUUCAACAAUAACGACUCCUGCUGAAACAUCCACAACUAGUGCAGCAGAAACAUCUACAAGCACAGAGACUUCCACAAUAAUGACACCUGCUGAAACAUCCACCACUAGUGAAGUAGAAACAUCUACAACAACAGAGAGUUCCACAAUCACAACAAUUCCAGCUGAAACAUCCACCAUCAAUGCAGCAGAAUUACCUACAACAAAAGACACUUCAACGAUCACAAUAAUUCCAGCUGAAACAUCCACCACUAAUGCAGCAGAAACAUCUACAAGCACAGAGACUUCCACAAUAAUGACACCUGCUGAAACAUCCACCACUAGUAAACUAGACACAUCUACAACAACAGAGACUGAAACAUCUACAAGCACAGAGACUUCCACAAUAACGACACCUGCUGAAAAAUCCACCACUAGUAAAGUAGAAACAUCUACAACAACAGAGACUUCCACAAUCACAACAAUUCCUGCUGGAACAUCGACCACUGAUGUACCAGAAAUGACUUCAACAACAGAGACUUCCACAAUCACAAGAAUUCCUGCUGAAACCUCUACUAUCAUUGUAGCAGAAACAUAUACAGCAACAGAGACUUCAGCAAUCACAACUACACCUGAAAUAUCCUCCACUAGUGAAGCAGAAACAUUUACUACAAAAGAAACUUCCACAAUCACGAUUCCUUCUGAAACAUCCACCAUUAGUGUAGCAGAAAUAUCUUCAACAACAGAGACUUCCACAUUCACAACAACUGCGGUUGAAACAUCCACAAUUAGUGCAGCAGAAACAUCUACAAGAACUGAUACUUCCACAAUUACAACAAAUCCUGCUGAGACUUCCACCACUAGUGCAGCAGAAACAUCUUCAACAACAGAGAAUUCCACAAUCAAAACAAUUCCAGCUGAAACAUCCACCAUCAGUGCAGCAGAAAUAUCUACAACAACAGAGACUUCAAAAAUGACACCUGAUGAAACAUCCACCACUAGUGAAGUAGAAACAUCUACAACAACAGAGAGUUCCGCAAUCACAACAAUUCCAGCUGAAACAUCCACCAUCAGUGCAGCAGAAAUAUCUACAACAAAAGAGACUUCAACGAUCACAAUAAUUCCAGCUGAAACAUUCACUACUAGUGCAGCAGAAACAUCUUCAACAACAGAGACUUCCACAAUCACUACUCCUGCUGUAACAUCAACCACUACUGAAGCAGAAAUAUCUACUUCAAAAGAGACUUCCACAAUAACGACUCCUGCUGAAACAUCCACAACUAGUGCAGCAGAAACAUCUACAAGCACACAGACUUCCAGAAAUAACGACACCUGCUAAACAUCCACCACUAGUAAAGUAGAAACAUCUACAACAACAGAGACUUCCACAAUCACAACAAUUUCUGCUGGAACAUCGACCACUAAUGUACCAGAAAUGACUUCAACAACAGAGACUUCCACAAUCACAACAAUUCCUGCUGAAACAUCUACCAUUAGUGCUAUGGAAACUUCUUUAACAACAGAGACUUCCACACUCACAACAGUUGCUGUUGAAACAUCCACCACUAGUGACGCAGAAACGUCUUCAAAAACAGACACUUCCACAAUCACAACAAUUCCUGCUGAAACCUCUACUAUCAGUGUAGUAAAAACAUAUACAACAACAGAGAGAUCCACAAUCACAACAAUUCCAGCUGAAACAUCCACCAUCAGUGCAGCAGAAAUAUCUACAACAACAGAGACUUCAACGAUCACAAUAAUUCCAAUGACGACUCCUGCUGAAACAUCCACAACUAGUGCAGCAGAAACAUCUACAAGCACACAGACUUCCAGAAUAACGACACCUGCUGAAACAUCCACCACUAGUAAAGUUGAAACAUCUACAACAACAGAGACUUCCACAAUCACAACCAUUUUCACAACAAUUCCAGCUGAAACAUCCACUAUCAGUUUAGCAGUAACAUCUACAACAACAGAGACUUCAACAAUCACAACUACACCUGAAAUAUCCUCCACUAGUGAAGCAGAAACAUCUACUAAAAAAGAGACUUCCAAAAUCAUGAGUCCUGCUGAAACAUCCACCGCAGAAACAUCUACAAGCACAGAGACUUCCACAAUAACGACACCUGCUGAAAAAUCCACCACUAGUAAAGUAGAAACAUCUACAACAACAGAGACUUCCACAAUCACAACAAUUCCUGCUGGAACAUCGACCACUGAUUUACCAGAAAUGACUUCAACAACAGAGACUUCCACAAUCACAACAAUUCCUGCUGAAACAUCCACCAUCAGUGCAGCAGAAAUAUCUACAACAAAAGAGACUUCCACAAUCACAACAAUUCCAGCUGAA